GAGGGAGAGAGAGAGAGAGAGAGGAAGGCGGGAGAGCAGGCGGUGUGACAGAUGCACUUCUCCAGCCCUAUCCUCGCCAUCAGACCAGUGGCUCUCUUCCAUUGGCUCACUGCACUGGACCGGAAAACAGAAAACACUACAGCACCAUGCCUGUUUCUGUCACUACGGCAAGCCUCUACCGCCACAGCUGCCACGACUGUGCAGCAUCUCCUCUACCUCCAGCCAGCACUCAGACAGAGACUCUGAGAGAAAGCGGGAGCCCCCUGAAGACGGGUUCAGUGGAGUGAGGGAAGCAGAGGCUGGACCAGGGCUACGGAUCUACCGACUGAAGCACCGAGCAGCUUGUUGUGUUUCUGUUUCUCUGCUGCGACUGCCUGAGCUCCAUGCAAGAGGAGAAGGAAAGGAACGAGGGAAAGAAGAAAACUGCUGCUGAGAACCUGAAAGAGCUGGAAGAAGGAAACAAAGCCCACGCAGCAACACAGUUCUGAAGUGGCUCAGAGAGACAGAGUGACUCUGAAGUGGCUCAGAGAGACAGAGUGACUCUGAAGUGGCUCAGAGAGACAGACUGACUGACUGAAGUGGCUCAGAAAGACAGACUGACUGACUCUGAAGUGGCUUAGAGAGACAGACUAAGUGAAGUGGCUCAGAGAGACAGACCGACUGACUCUGAAGUGACUCAGAGAGACAGACUGACUGAAGUGGCUCAGAGAGACAGACUAAGUGAAGUGGCUCAGAGAGACAGACUGACUGACUCUGAAGUGACUCAGAGAGACAGACUGAUUGAAGUGGCUCAGAGAGACAGACUGACUGAAGUGCCUCAGAGAGACAGACUGACUGAAGUGACUCAGAGAGACAGACUGACUGAAGUGACUCAGAGAGACAGACUGACGGACUAUGCUUCUGCUCCAGUGAUAAUCCAGGAAUAUUCUCUUCACUGACAUGAGGAAGCCCUCUCUCAACCCCUGACUGAAGGACUGACCGCAGGGUUUUGAUCAGAGCAGUGGCGGACACCGACAGCACGUAGCAGGUCUGUCCACAGGAGUUCUGUUCGGGUCUAUUAGAUCUGAGACGUUAGAAUCUGACUUGUCAGCGCAGGGAACGGCAUUGUUUAAAAAAACGACUCGGCUACAGGUUCUCUAGAUCUCACACUCUGUACGACUUCUUCGUUGUCUUCUCGUGACUCUUGACUGUUUGUCUGUUGCGCUCAGUGGAAGCUCUGUGCCUCAUGGCUUGCUACUACAUAGUCAUCAGCUCUACUCACCUCAGCAACGGCCACUUCAGGAACAUCAAGGGAGUUUUCCGCGGACCCCUCAGCAAGAAUGGCAACAAGAACUUGGACUACGCGGAGAAGGAGAGGACGGCGACAAUGGCCAAGGCCUUGGAGGACCUGAAGGCCAACUUCUACUGUGAUCUGUGUGACAAGCAGUACUACAAGCAUCAGGAGUUUGACAACCACAUUAACUCUUAUGACCAUGCUCACAAACAGCGGCUAAAGGAGCUGAAGCAGAGAGAGUUUGCCCGGAAUGUGGCCUCUAAAACCAGGAAGGAUGAGAGGAAACAGGAGAGAGCACUCCAGAGGUUACAUGAGCUGGCCGAACAACGCAGAGAGGUCCAAUGCGCUCCAGGCAGUGGCCCCAAGUUCAGGUCUACUACUGUAGCAGUGGACGCCAGCUGCAGAGAGAGCUGUACUGAUGGACUGUCAGAAGAGAGCCACAACUCCACCGUGCUGGAGACCGGCACCCACAACCACACCACAGGCACCAGCACUGGCCUGGCCUCCAACAGCAAGACCCAGCAGACAUCGUACUGGCCCUACAACGGCAAGGCCAAGAAACAAACCUACAAAAGGCACAAAAUCGCCUUCUCGUUCUCAUUCCCAAAGAAAGCAUCGGUGAAGCUGGAUUCUGCUGCGGCUGUGUUCUGUGAGAACACGGAGGAGGGUUCCAAAGAACGUACCGGAACACGGACGCUCAGAAUUCCCCUCGUUGAGCUGAACGUCCCUGUUUCAACCACUGCAGAGGAGAAAGGACGGGGUUUUGCGGGUGUGGAGAUUAACGGCACUAAGCCUGGUGAUCUUAGCCCUAACAGUGUUAGUGAGGGGAGCCAGAAGUCAUCAGAUACACUGUCCAGGUCUGACAUCCCCAUGCCUCCACAGGCAUCACAUCUGUAUUCUGUGCUGGUUAACUCGGAGGAUAUCGCCAGACAUUAUGUGUCCUCUGUCUCCCAAUUACCUGCAUCCCUUUGUCACAUUCCCCUAGAUGACCCAGACACAGUAUUAGAUACACAGAACUCUGAGGAAACUCAGAAAAACGGCUCAACAGAGGCUGAACCGGAAACAUGCAAACAGCAACAAGUUCAUAAAGUAGAAAGGAGUGUCUCGGGGGAAGAACACUUCUUCAUUAGCAGUUCUGAUGGUCCCCCUGAGAACGUCUCCUCCUCCUCUCAGUCCUCUGAGCGUCCUGGGACUGUGAGAGAGAAAGGAGAAGACAUUACGGUGGUGGUGAAGAAGACCCUGUCGUGUCCUUUCACCAAGCCCAGUCAGCCGUUCUUCUCUGUGCUCAGCAAAGAUGGAUACACUGUUCUCCAAUGGCCUUCAGAGAUGCUGACCUUCACCAGGACAGAGCCCUGUCUCUCCUACAGCUGCAAUCCACUCCAUUUUGACUUUAAGGCCUCGCAGCAGUCGCAGAGCAGGGCGAAGGUUCGUACUGGUGACAGUCAGAGUAAGACGGAGCCGAGGUUACCCGAGGCGUUGUGUAUCGGCUCAACCUCUGUCUGUUCUGAGGAACUAAUAGAUAACAUGCACAACCAAGAGGCCUACUCAAGGCCAGACCAUCAUAUCCCUAUCAGAGAUGACAGGGAGACAGUGGAGAGGAAGGAUUGUCUAAUAUGUGAUCACCACAUGAGUGACAUAGACACAGAAAUCUGCAACUUGCAACUGAAGAGACACAGCAGAGUCUACAGCAGUGGUAAAUCUAGUAGUCAGUCAAAAGAUCAGACUGGCAAGAGAGCAGCAGGCAUCAAGAAAUGGAAAUCCAGAGACCGACGCCAUUACAGGAGCCACAAGAAGAAGAAGAGAAGGAGAAGGAGAAGGAGGAGAGGAGGAUAUGAGGAAGAGAGGCACAGAGAGACUGAGACGGAUGGAGGUGUGGAGAGCGAUGCAGAGAAAUGCAACAAAUUCCAGAGACAGUCAGAGUGUUGGGAAGGACUUGAUAGCCAAUUUAGAGGCCCCACUUCACAGCCAUUAGAGAAGUCAAAGCAAUCAGCUCAAAAUCAGGCUGACAGCGGCCACGCUGCUCCCUCUGCCACAGAGGACAGGGAGAGAGAGAGGGUGAAGAGAGAGGGGGAGGAGAGAGAGUGGGAGGAGAGGGAGAGGGAGGAGAGAGAGAGGGAGGAGAGAGAGGAGAGGGAGAAAGAGAGAAGCAGACAGGAAACAGCAGGCAGUGUAAACGGAUCAGCGGGCAGCCUCAGUCUCUGUGAUGAGGGCGCCACGGAUUCUGAAAAGGUGUUCGGGAGCGACGGCAGGAGAGACCCAGUCGAUCCAUCAACAGAACAGAGAAACGCUGCAGGACACGGCUCACAGAGCCACGACAAACCCUGCACAGAGAACCCCGCUGGGGCAGUUAGACAAAAACGAACCAUGGUGAUGACACAUCUGUCACCACAAAGCCCAGGGACCAUUACCCAAAAACCAAGCAUGACUAAAUCCCUUUCACCAGAGAGCUGUGGUAAAGACUGUUGUUGUAUCGGUCAAUCGUUGAGAAGGAAGCGGACAGCAUCAUCUUUGCUUGAUGCUGAUGAGCAAGGCCUUGACCACCAGGUCCCAUGCACCAAGUGUCAGUCACCUGUAAUGGUAGAGCCCAAUGGGCCGGAUGGUUCAAUGGUUGAGGGGGGGUCCUCUUGGUCUGUCUGUGUUUCCUGUGGUGGGGCGGGGAGACAGAGGAAGAGACAGAGAGGGGACAGUUAUGCUCCUCACAUCUCAGACCCUCUUGUAGGUCACAAUGUUCAGAUCUCAGACCUUCCUGUAGGUCACAAUGUUCACAUCUCAGACCCUCCUGUAGGUCAAAAUGUUCACAUCUCAGAACCUCCUGUAGGUCACAAUGUUCACAUCUCAGGACCUCUUGUAGGUCACAAUGUUCACAUCUCAGACCUUCCUGUAGGUCACAAUGUUCACAUCUCAGACCUUCCUGUAGGUCACAAUGUUCACAUGGCAGAACCUCCUGUGGAUGUACAGUCUGAUGACAGAUGUAAGAUGAAUCUAAUGAAUACGGAUGUAGAAUACCGUGUUGUUAAAGGUCCACUGGCCAGCUGUAGUGCCCCGAGUCAGCCAGCUGUAGAGCACAGCAGUAAGCCAAUGGGAGGCUCUCCUCGGCUCCAGAUUCAGAACAAUGUUCCCAGCAUCAAAGAAGACAGUUCUUCCUCUCCCUCUCUACCUGGGCCUGUACAAGAUCCCCCAAAUCCCCCAGAAAUAAUCAGUAUUACUAAUGAAAACAAAAACAUCACUAUUUGUCUCCAAAACUCUCCCAAUGUUUCUCUCCCGAUCAUGGUACAUAAUCUAGAAAUGGGCAACAAUGGAGAAGAUUGUAUAACAAGACAAACAGUGACAGUAGCAGCUCAUGUCAGUCCACUAGGUGCGAGAGAGAUCACCCCUCCAUUCACCACUCCACAGAGGUUUCAGAUACAGAAUACGGGGCCGGACAAGUCCUGUCAGCAUAGUUUCCAGAGCUACCCCAACCAACAGAGGUGCCACAGCCCCCAGCCUCCCCAGGGUCAUACCCAGCACCAGAGGUGUUAUCCUGGGAUUAGGGUUAAUGAUGAGAUGGGGAUCAGGGAGGGCCUGAGGCCAGGAGGCCUUAACAUUACAGGCAGCCUGUGUAGUCCCUAUCAUAGACCCGCUAUCCCUUUCCACAAUCACAGACCUCCGAGUUUCCAUCCGCAGCACCCGUCUGACGACAUGGAAAAACACCACUGUGUCCUUCAAAUCCAGACCCAUAGACACAUCCUCCAUCACCAUCGGCAACACCAGGUGUUCCCAGGGAAGAUGAAGCCUGUCCUGCCUGGGUCUCCUGUCCCCAUGUCUCCCUCCUGUCCUCCCAUGCUCCACCCCGUCCACCUGUCUCCCGUGCCUAACGGGUCCAUCACCAUCCAACACACCAUUCUCCACCAGCAGCACCACCAUGCCUACCACCAUGCAGCCUUCCUGCCCCCUCAUCCCCAGCCCCCUCUCUUCCCCCAGGUCCUGCCAGUCCCAGUCAGCCGCCAGCCUAUGGGAGCAGAUAUGUGUCCCCCUGGACCUUCUCCCUUUCUUACCUCAACACCGCAUCUCUCUGUUGUGGCCCCGCCCAGUUUACACCACCACCCAAUGGCAGUGACGUUCCACGCCAUGCCCCGCCCAAACAUGUUCCCUCCCUCGAUGCUUCAGUCACACCCACAUCCCACUAUCAUCCCACUGCAGCCCAUGUUUUAAGACAUCACAUCCACAGUGCAGCCCAUGUUUUAAGACAUCACAUCCCCAGUGCAGCCCAUGUUUUAAGGCAUCACAUCCCCAGUGCAGCCCAUGUUUUAAGACAUCACAUCCCCAGUGCAGCCCAUGUUUUAAGACAUCACAUCCCCAGUGCAGCCCAUGUUUUAAGACAUCACAUCCCCACUGCAGCCCAUGUUUUAAGACCUCACAUCCACAGUGCAGCCCAUGUUUUAAGACAUCACAUCCCCAGUGCAGCCCAUGUUUUAAGACAUCACAUCCCCACUUGCAGCCCAUGUUUUAAGACAUCACAUCCCCAGUGCAGCCCAUGUUUUAAGACAUUGUAUCCCCACUUGCAGCCCAUGUUUUAAGACAUUGUAUCCCACUUGCAGCCCAUGUUUUAAGACAUUGUUUCCCCACUUGCAGCCCAUGUUUUAAGACAUUGUAUCCCCACUUGCAGCCCAUGUUUUAAGACAUUGUAUCCACACUUGCAGACCAUGUUUUAAGACAUUGUAUCCCCACUUGCAGCCCAUGUUUUAAGACAUUGUAUCCCCACUUGCAGCCCAUGUUUUAAGACAUCACAUCCCCAGUGCAGCCCAUGUUUUAAGACAUUGUAUCCCCACUUGCAGCCCAUGUUUUAGGACAUUGUAUCCGCACUUGCAGCCCAUGUUUUAAGACAAUGUAUCCCCACUUGCAGCCCAUGUUUUAAGACAUUGUAUCCCCACUUGCAGCCCAUGUUUUAAGACAUUGUAUCCCCACUUGCAGCCCAUGUUUUAAGACAUUGUAUCCCCACUUGCAGCCCAUGUUUUAAGACAUUGUAUCCCACUGCAGCCCAUGUUUUAAGACAUUGUAUGCCACUGCAGACUAUUCAAUCAUGUUUCCUUUUGUUGUUUCCAACAAAACAUGUCAUUUACUUCCAGCUCAUACUUUUGUCCCAUGUAGUUUUGUCAUUAUCUUCCUGUAACAUCCCAACCCUGUUGUAUCAGUGGAAAGGCUUCUGUAGUAUUCAGAGUGAUAAGUGCUUUUCAUGAAGACUACACUAGACAGAAAUAUUUCCUUUAGAGAGACAAUCAAGCAUAACUAAAGCAUUAAGAUGUGUGUGUGCACAUUUAAAAACAAAAACCAGUGUGAUGUAGAAACUGUCCCAGGCAGAUUCAUUAUUAAAGUCUGUGGUAUUCUAUAGUCUGUUGUUUUUAUUUUUUUUGCCAGUCAAGUGCUUCAAUAGUCUACCUUUGGGCAUUUUAAUGCAAUUCUAGUUCAAUUAAACAUGAACACACACACACACACACAAUAAAGUGUUGUAUCUGGUGUAAUAGCACGUGUCGAGGACGUUCACUCUACGUUAAUUUGCUUUCCUAAAUGAUGACAAUUCAUUCAUGUAACAUUUACCCCUGAGUUGAUCCAGAUCCUACAGUAUAAAGUAAUUGUUUUUGUUUUUAAAUGUCCUAAAAUAUGUUUUUUUUGUUUGUAAAGAUUAAACCAUCUGACUCUAAAAUUAAUUAAUUUGUUUAUUUUAUUUAUUUAUUUAUUUAUUUAUUUAUUUAUUUAUUUAUUUGUUUAUUUGUUUGUUUAUUUGUUUAUUCUAUUUUCCCUCCUUAGUUUCUGAACAAGAAACACAACUAAUAUGGUCGGUUCUGAUGACUUCGAUGUUACACGUCUUUAUAUUUGACAUAAAUGUUGACCCCUUUCUGAUUCAGAAGUAGGAUAGCAAAGACACAAUGGGUUAAAAUGUCUAAUCAACUAGUUUUCUUUUGUAUAAAAAUGACCUAAGUGUCUUUAUAAUCACAUAAUAAAAACAAUAAUUAUAAAAAACACAGAUUUGACAUGUAAACCUGGUUACCGUGUGGUCUCAAGCCUCUCCAUAGGUCUUCAUGUAGCUGUAAUACAGUAGAUAUAUAUACACUCUCCUAUGUAUUUAUUUGGACUGUGAAGCUAAAACAAAUGUAUGUGGCUCUGUACCGCAGCAUUUUGGAUUUGAGAUUUUAAAAAUAAUAAUAAAAAAUUAAAUGUUUAUAUGAGGCGACCGUACAGAAUGUCACCUUUAAUUUGAAGGUAUGUUGAUACUGUUUAGAAAGGCAUCCGUUUUAAUGGACUGUAUCUAGUUCCUCCAUUUCUAAAGGUGCCAUAAGUAUUUGGACAAAUUCACGUAAAGUGGAUUACUUUUUUUUUGUCAAAGGAAUGAAUGGUCAAUCAUGUAUUGUGUCAUUUUGGAGUGACUUUUACUGUAAAUGAGAGUAGAAUAUGUUUCCCGAACACCACUACAUUAAUAAUAUGUAUGCUAUCCUUGAUUAUGUAUGAAUCAUGAAUUAUUCAUGAAUGAAUCAUGAAUAAUAAUGACUAAAAAAGUGACAAAAAUCAUAACCCCCUAAACAUGUCUCACUCAUCAUUAUUCAUGAUUAUCUGUUUAGUUGUAUAUUUUAUUUGACCUUUAUUUAACAAGGCAAGUCUGUCUAAGAACAAAUUCUGAUUUACAAUGACGGCCUACACAGGCCAAAUCUGGACGACGCCGGGUCAAUUGUGUGCCGCCCUAUGGGACUCCCAAUCACGGCCGGUUGUGAUACAGCCCGGAAUCGAACCAGGGUGUCUGUAGUGACACCUCAAGCACUGAGAUGCAGUGCCUUUCGACCGACGAACCACUCUGGAGCACAAAAAUCACGGUAGCAUCCACAUUAAUGUCGGUAUUUUCAGAAACAUGUUAUAUUCUUUCAACAACAACAAAAAAAUGUUAAAUAAAUUACACAAUGCAUUAUUUACCAUUAAUUUCUAUCGGCCACGACAUAAUCUGAAAACGCCACCCAAAACAAACAUCAAAUGCAUAUAAACAAGUUAGUAGAGACACAAGCUCGAUGUAGUCAUUGUGUGAUAGCAAUAUGGGAUCAAAUGCUCAACUUUUGACGCCCCCGCCCCCCCCCAAAAAAAAGUAAUAUACAUUUGUAGAAAUACUUUAUGACACCUUUGAAAUGAGAGAGGCGUGGUACAUAAAGUACUUUAAUUAACUUCUAAACGGUUUAUAAACAACCAUGUUUAAACAUAGCACCUUCUGUACUGUCGCUUCUUAUAAAACAGUUCAUUUAUAAGAGACAAAUUAAAAGUAAUAGCUUCACUGUCCAGAUACAUACGUAAGGGAGUGUAGCUGUUGCCGGGAUUUUAAAAAACUGUCCUACCAUUCUGUAAUAUAAUUAAUUCCACUUGCUCUGAGAAAAAGAAGACAUGUUGUAAAUUAGACAUAUUUAUAUUGUAAAAUACAGUUCUGUUUUUAUAGCACCCUGAUGAAUUAUUAUCAGCAUUCAACUAUGUUUUUACUAAAAUUGUGUCAACAGAUAAAUAAAUAAAUUAAGCAG